AUGAGUGUACAGUACAGCAAGGAUCUGCUGGAGCGCUGCAGCUCUCAGACCACAACACUCUUCACAGAAUGGGAAGCCAAAGCAGUGACGGUGCUCGAUUGCAUAAAUGAUACUGAUAUGAAGGUGGAUGCUGUGCUGGAGAUCAUGCAGAAAGCGGUGGUGCCCUGGAGUAAAGUGGUAGAACAGCUGGUUCAGCAGUACCUCGAGAUGGAUGGACCAAAACAAGAGCUUUUAAAGGAGAGCUACCGUCUGAUGGAGAUCAGGAAACUUCUCCGGGGCUACGGGAUCCGCAACUUCGACCUCUCUAACAGCACUCAAAUUAUGACGCUGAUUAGAUACAUCCUAAAGCAAGACCUGCCAAUGAGGUCACAGAGCACAAGAAGAACCAGAUGGUCGUGGCUCAGGGGAUGGUGGAGGCUCUGA